UUGGUGUCCGAGUGCGUGUGUGUCCACGCGUGUGCACGUGUGUGCGCGAGCAGCGAGUCUCUGGGAAGGGUUAACUCCAGCUCGGCUGUCCUGCUCAGGGCCCCAGCGGCCAGGAUGGGAGGGGUGGGCCUCGGUGGGGCGGGCUGGGCUUGCCUUCUGACAGGAGUGUUUGCCGAGCAGAACUGAGCGUGGAGAAGUCAAGAUGCCUUUAGGAAUGGCCGCCAAAGCCCCCACCUGGCAGUCCCUCCCCCCUGUCCCCCUCGGCAGGUGGCCUCCUGGAGACUGUCAUUAGAGGAAUGAGCCGGGAGUGAACGUCAGCGCACCCACACUUGGGGGGACGCAGCAGACCAGGAUGGACGUGGUCGACAGCCUUCUUGGGAAUGGAAGCUACAUCUCUCCUCCCUGCGACCUCCGGGUGGAAAACGACACGCUUUUCUGCUUGGAUCGGCCCCUUCCUUCCAAAGAGUGGCAGCCGGCUGUGCAAAUUCUCUUGUACUCCUUGAUAUUCCUGCUCAGCGUGCUGGGGAACACGCUGGUCAUUACGGUACUGAUUCGGAACAAGAGGAUGAGGACGGUCACCAACAUCUUCCUGCUCUCCCUGGCUGUCAGCGAUCUCAUGCUCUGCCUCUUCUGCAUGCCUUUCAACCUCAUCCCCAACCUGCUCAAGGAUUUCAUCUUCGGGAGUGCCGUUUGCAAGACCACCACCUACUUCAUGGGCACCUCCGUGAGUGUAUCCACCUUUAAUCUGGUGGCCAUCUCUCUGGAAAGAUACGGUGCCAUUUGCAAGCCCUUACAGUCCCGGGUCUGGCAGACCAAAUCCCAUGCUCUGAAAGUGAUUGCAGGUACCUGGUGCCUCUCCUUCACCUUGAUGACACCAUACCCAAUUUAUAGCGAGUUGGUGCCUUUUACCAAAAAUAACAACCAGACAGCUAACAUGUGUCGCUUUCUGCUGCCCAAUGCGGUGAUGCAGCAAUCCUGGCACACAUUCCUGUUACUCAUCCUCUUUCUGAUUCCUGGAAUCGUGAUGAUGGUGGCCUAUGGGUUAAUCUCAUUGGAACUUUACCAAGGAAUAAAAUUUGAUGCUAACCAGAAGUCUGCUAGAGAAAGGAAGCCGAGCACCGCCAGCAGCAGUGGCAGGUAUGAGGACAGUGACGGGUGCUACCUGCAGAAGUCCAGACACCCCAGGAAGGUGGAGCUCCAGCAGCUGUCCGGCAGCAGGGUCAGCCGCAUCAGAAGCAGCAGCUCGGCGGCCAACCUGCUGGCCAAGAAGCGCGUGAUCCGCAUGCUCAUGGUCAUCGUGGUCCUCUUCUUCCUGUGCUGGAUGCCCAUCUUCAGCGCCAACGCCUGGCGGGCCUAUGACACCGUCUCGGCCGAGCGCCGCCUCUCGGGGACCCCCAUUUCCUUCAUCCUCCUGCUCUCCUACACCUCCUCCUGCGUCAACCCCAUCAUCUACUGCUUCAUGAACAAACGGUUCCGCCUUGGCUUCAUGGCCACCUUUCCUUGCUGCCCCCACUCUGGCCCCCCAGGUGUGCGCGGGGAGGUGGGGGAGGAGGAGGAAGGCAGGACCACGGGGGCCUCUCUGUCCAGGUACUCCUACAGCCACAUGGGUGCCUCUGCCCCGCCCCCCUGAACAGCCCUGGCCCCUGCAGUGCGGCAGGAAGGAGGGGGACGAGGUGAGACAGGGCGGAAGGAAAAAGCUAGUACCGAAGGAGCAGGAGGCAGGAAGGAAGGGGUCAUUUCCGGCGGAGGCAGGAAGGAAGGGGUCAUUUCCGGCGGGAACGGUCCCUUGUCUGUGUUUCAUCUUUCAUCCCGGUUUCGGGGAUCAAGUGCGGCAGCGACUCAGUCUCUAAGCAGGUCAAGGAAGGGCACUUUCAGUAAUAUUCACCCUCAGAACAUACCUGAGCAGGUUGGUAACAGGAGCCCCGUAGGGUGCAUGCUGCCAAUGUCAUUGGCAUGUACAUGUUCACGUAAGGAUUUUGAUCUUGCUGAACUUUAGAAGGUUCUAGAACAUCCACAGUGGGCUCUCCCCAUUGUGACAUACUUGCAUGCUCUGCUUCUGUCGAUGCAGAAUUGUGAGGUCUGCCUUGUCCUGGAGAAGUCCAUCCACCACACUUCUGUGUGCAUCCUGUAGCCACCCUCCUCCUUGUGACCACAAAAGGGGACGAGAAGCAAACCCUCUUCUGGUCAAUUUCUGCAGUAAGGGAACGCCAUGACUUUUUUUCUUGAGGUUGGCCAAGGACAUUCAGAGACCUAAGUUUAUGUCCUCAUCAGAAUUAUAUAAGGAACGUUGUGUCAGAGAUGGAAUUUGGAACUUGGAUUUCCAAAAAGAAGCGAGAAUGCCAGGCAGCCAGGCUAGGUGGAAUGCUAGCUUAUCUUCAGGAAUGCCAAGUUCCAAAGGGCACAGCAAGGCUUUUUCCUACAUUAACAGCAUAUUGUAGAACUCCUGUCUGUGUGAUAGUAAAGCCCAAGGCUUCUUUGCCGCACUUUCUCACACUCAUCUGACAUUUUCUUUCUUCCAGAAAGCCUAUGGGUACAAAGGAGAGCUAUGAUCUAUGUGUUCCUGAGCAAGGGUGGAGUAGAGCAGUUCCAGCCUAAACUGAGGCACACGGGACUUAAUUACCAAAUAACUUUUGACUAUCAAAGCUGCUAUGCCUUCCGGUCCAACCUCUGUUCUUGUUACUAAUUGUAUAUAACUUUGUGUCUAUAUAAAUCAAACACAUAACGAUGUCCCUUACCUCUAGACUUUGUGAUGUUUUUCAAAAGAAAAAAAAUAAUAUUGAACAGAUCUUAGAACUAAGCAAGUGUUGUUUUUCAUUCAUGACAGUUGGGGUUUCCUGUGAGAUGCUUUUCUCUGCUCAAACCUCUCUCCUCAACUCCAGAAAUCUCAAUUUGAAAUGUCAUAUGAGUUCAACUUCUAGUUACCACAAAGCACAUCUCUGUAACAGAAUGUGUCUAGCCCGCCACCAUUCCCAGUUACCAUUCUUUACUCUAAUGGUCUAAUUUUGUGGGCAAUGUUGUCCUGUCAGCUGAAAUAAAUGAACAGACAUUUUUGACAGAAACACGUUUACAUGCUAGUGGAGGAAGUAAAAACAAACAAUAACAAAGGAUUUGUUGUUUUUAUGCCUGCAAGCAUCUUGGUCGUGAGCUUUGGGGUGUUUUGUUUGCACCCAAGACUGAUUUCAAUUAUAGGGAAAGAGACUGUGGCAGUGGGUGUGACAGAGAGUAACAAGAGGUGAUGUGAAUAGGGGUCACUGAGCAACAAGUGGGUGACAUUGUGUGGGUUUUUGUGCAGGAAGGUAGAAAAUUGUCUGCUAAUGGAGAAGAAAUAUUGAGGAGGUAAUUUUUUAUUACGGGGGACUUUUUAAGUGGAGGUUAGUUUUUCUGUUCUUCAGGCUGAAAUCUUUAAAAUUUAUAAUCAAUUAUCUUAGUCAAAAAUUUCCAGGUAAAAAAUUCAAACCACUAAAAGCUGAAUGGUUAAGAUGCUAGUGGUAAAAGGUGAAAAUGUUUUUGAUACAAAAUCGGCAAAUUUCCUGCCACAAGAAUGAAUCUUUCCUUCUGACAGUGUUAGUAUAUAAAUGAAAAUAAGUUAGGCCCUCAUUACUGGGAACCGCUGACAUUUCCAAAGGUAUGUCACUCUGCAAAUAAAAUUGCCAGAUUUGGCAUACAAAAUACAGGAUGCUCAGUUAAAUCCUAAUUUCAAACAAACAACAAAUAGUUGUUAGCAUGACUAUGUCUCAUGCACUAAAAUAGAUCCUGUGUCUUAUCUGUCAGCCUUACUCUAAAAUAAUUUUAAAAGCACCUAAAAAUAUUAAUAAGAUUUCUCAGAUCUAAAACAAGAAAAUGCCUCUGUUCACUAAAUGCAUUGGAAAGUCUUUCAUAUGAUGGAAGCUUUAUUAAAAAGAAGAAAAAGCUAUUAACUUCCUGAAUCUGUACCUGACCUUUGGAAAUGGACUGAUCAACAGGCGGAUGUUAGCCUUUAAAAAAAACUUUUUUUUUUAACAUAAAGAUAUUCUAGUGUUUUGUUGAGCCAACUGCCUUUAUUUUUGUGCUAAAAAAAGAACCUGUUUAAAAUAAAGUGGCUAGUAGAAUAAAGAA